CUCGACAUGAGAUCGCUUGUGCCUGCCUCUCUGCCGGGUUGUGGUGACAGGAGUCGAAGCCCCCUUCCGAGUACGUGUGCACAUCAGUCGUGGAGAGAGCGAGAGCGAGCGGACCGACACACUCAGAGAGAGAGAGAGAGAGAGAGAGAGAGAGAGAGAGAGAGAGAGAGAGAGAGAGAGAGAGAGAGAGAGAGAGAAAGAGUGAUGGCGGGGGUCGAGGAGGUGGUGUGGGAGAUCGUGGGCGGGAAAACCGUCGUCGUCCAGGAAACGAAGGUGGAUCGGCGUUGCCACCCUUGCGGCCGGAUGGAUUUCAGCCCUGACACGGCUGAUCUCCAUAGUCCUGUCUACUAUGUUAUUGUGGAAGGGACCCUGGCGAUGAAGAUUGACGGCGGUUUCGAGUACAACAAGGAAGGCAACCUGGUGGACGUCAUCCUCAACGUGAAGAAGCUGUCGGAAGUCGUCCCCGACGAGUGGCGUCUCCCAGAACGUGAUGUCAUCGGCGACAUCGUUAGAUACCUGGUGUCCGCCAUAGCUGAUGAACACAUGGCUGCGCUUCACGGGAAUGCCUUCUACGUGGCGCACAUGCAGCCCCCUCUCCGGGAUGUGUCCGCCAGGCACAAGUGCAUGAAGAAGGGCGAGAGACAAAAGUGGGUGUCCGAGUGCAUGAAAGAGAAAGGGAUGAUGAGGUCCGCCAAGGACUGCAGGAAAAAAUGGUUUAACCUGGGACAGAAGCUGAAACUGCUUGUGGAUAAGGUGGGGAGGUCAGGCCAUCAAUCGUAUUGGGAUAUGACCGAAGAGGAGAGAGAGGCAGAAGGUCUUUACACCACAUUCGAUCAACGUCUUUGGCAGGCGAUGGAGUGGGUGUUACAAAGACCGUCUGGGACGUGUGAUGAAGCCAUGAACUCGGACACCAUGGGUGGAGCUGAAGCAGAAGGGACGGGGGGAGGUUCAGGUGAGCAAGCAGGGUCAGACAGAGGAGGGCCCGACACGCCGGGUAGUAGGUCGAAGUUCAGGCGAACAAGUGGCAGCAAAGUCCAUGUUGGAGAUGACCCAUCUUCUGUGUCGUUUGUGGGAGCUGCCGUGGUUGAGUCCAUACGUGUGUACGUGGACGGUUUGGAUAGAGCCGCGGCGACGAUUGCUCAGGCGAACAAGGAAGAUGCCACCAUCGUCGCCGGGAGCAUAGGUGAAAUGGCGACGCAGAUAGGUGCAGUCGCAUCAGCCAUGGGUGAAGGGAACGCUGUGCUGCAGCUCCUGGUUGGUGUGAUGGGUGCCCGAAAUUCGGGUGGACCGUGGAGUACCGGGGGGGUGUAGGGGCACCGAUCCUUCAAAGCGGUGGGUAGUGAAGAGGCUGGUAACAAACGGUACAGGGUAAG